AUGCAACGGGGGUGGUGGCUUGUCAGAUGGCUGGGGACAGGAAUGGCAAUCCUUUCUUUGCUUACCUACUGCCGAGGCCAGAACACAGAAGACUGGCAGUAUGAGGCGUGUAAACUGUCCCGGCCAGGCCCCCCUGCAACCAUAGUGACUGUUGACGAGGAGAGCCCCAAUGGAACGGUUUUGGUGGAAAACAUGCAGAUUAAUGGCCGUGCUCAAGAUCCAGGCAGAACCAUCUCCUUGACUCUGCUUGACAACUAUGACUAUUGGGUGAUCCUGGAACCUGCGCGACAAAGACUUUACCUGAAUAGCACUGGACGCGUUCUGGACAGAGAUCCUCCAAACUCCAUCACCUCCAUUGUGGUCCAGGUCCAGUGCACCAAUGAGUUGAUUGGUACAGUCAUUUUGCAUGAAGUGCGAAUUGUUGUGAGGGACAAGAAUGACAACACCCCAAAGUUUCAGCAGCCACGCUAUUACGUUGCAAUAAACGAGCUCACGCCAGUUGGAACAACCAUUUUCACUGGCUUCUCAGGAGAUAAUGGUGCUACAGACAUUGAUGAUGGGCCCAAUGGACAGAUAGAAUACAGCAUCCUUUAUAACCCCAAUGAUCCGACAUCUAACGGGACAGUGAGGGUUGGAAACACCCUUUCAGGAUACAUUUUACUGGCAGAGAGACUAAAUUAUGAAGACAAAACUCGCUACCUGGUGUUGGUUCAAGCUAGUGAUCGUGCUCCAUACCCUCCCAACAGAAGGUCAGCCACAGCAACGCUGACUGUGGACGUCCUAGAUGGAGAUGACCUGGGUCCUAUGUUUCUGCCUUGUGUUUUGGUGAACAAUACGCACGACUGCACGCCCCUAACUUAUCGCGCUGCUAUCCCUGAACUCACUGCACCGAACAAACUGAACCCGCUGAAUGUGACCCCACCUAUCCAGGCAGUGGACAUGGACAGAAAUAUACAGCCCCCAUCAGACAGACCGGGGAUUCUCUAUUUCAUCCUGGUUGGGCAACCAGCCACAUAUCCAGAGUAUUUCACCCUGAACAGGACCACUGCAGAGGUUCGUGUUCUGAAGCCAAUUAGCAGGGACCUGUAUCAGAGGUUCACCCUUAUUAUCAAGGCUGAACAAGAUAAUGGUCACCCCCUCCCAGCCUUUGCUGACCUCAUUAUCGAAAUCCUGGAUGAAAACAACCAGGCACCUUAUUUUCAGUUUGCCACCUAUCAGGGCUACGUGAGUGAGGCUUCUCCAGUGGGUACAACUAUUUCUGCCAGUGCCAACCUCACCAACCCCCUGGAAAUCAUUGCAUUAGAUAAUGACAUUGAAGAGACGAAAGACCCUUUGGUGACGAUUACCCUGAAUGACUACACCCUGAUCUUCAGCCUGACCCCAGCUGGGAUAAUCCGCUACCUGAAGCUUCUCAAUCCUGUGGAUCGAGAGAAGCAGAUGGCCUAUACUUUCACGAUGGUGGCAUCAGAUGGUGUCCAGCAGAGUAGCCCAGUAACUGUCAACAUCGUGGUUAUUGAUGCCAAUGACAAUACGCCGACGUUUGCCCAGGUCUCCUACAGCGUUCAAGUCUUUACAGACAUGCAGCCAGGGGGCUUGGUGCUACAGUUAACUGCAGUUGAUGCUGAUGAGGGCCUGAACGGUCUGGUGACAUAUGAGAUACUGGCUGGAGCCCAAGGAGAUUUCAUAAUUAAUAAUCGCACUGGGCGCAUCACCGUGGCACCUGGUGUCACAUUAACCGUUGGACGAUCAUAUGCACUUACCGUCAGGGCCUCCGAUAGUGCACCAGAGACCCAGAGAAGGAGCUCCAUCACUACAGUCUACAUUGAGGUUUUACCUCCUAACAACCAGAGUCCCCCACGUUUCCCUCUCCUCACCUAUAACCUAGAGAUCAGUGAAGCCAUGAGGAUUGGAGCUAUUCUGCUUAAUCUGCAGGCCACUGACAGAGAAAACGAUCCGAUCACGUAUCGCAUUGUGAGCGGAGACUCCCAGAAGGUUUUCAACCUCUCAGAAACGAUUGGCCUUUUACUUUUGAGCAAACCUUUGGACAGAGAAACUACAGAUCAGUACCUCCUGAUUGUCACAGCUUCUGAUGGACACCCUGGAGGGACAUCUACUGCUACUGUGAGCAUCGUGAUCACUGAUGUCAACGAUAACGACCCUGUGUUUAACCGCACCAUCAACACUAACUUUACUGUCCGAGAAGAAGCAGCCAAUUUGUUUGUAGGGCAAGUCAUGGCUACAGAUCCUGAUGCAGGGGUUAAUGGCCAGGUUUACUACCGAAUUGUCAAUCAUCCCGACUUGUUUACAAUCAGUGCUAAUGGAAGCAUCUACACAAGAGUACGUCUGGACAGGGAGUUCAGGAGUCAGUAUGACCUGGUCAUCGAGGCCUCAGACGGUGCGGUGGAUCCCAGGCGAACUACGCUGACGGUCUUGGUCAAAGUUUUAGACAUAGAUGACAACAGCCCAGCCUUCUCCCAGGAAACCUACUUGGUGAACGUACCGGAGAACACCGCCGUGGGAACUGUGGUUCUGAAACUAAGUGCGGUGGACCCAGACCUCUAUUCAAAUGUCACAUAUCGGAUCAAGACUGAAUCGGCCAAGCAGAUGUUUUCUCUGAAUCUUGUCACCGGGGAAUUGGCUCUAAUGCAGAUCCUUGACUUUGAGGGCCUGGCAGCUAUGGGCACGAAUGCCUCUUACACUUUUCAGGUGGAAGCUGUCGACCAAGGAGGGGUAAUGCCCCCAGGGCUCGCUACCGUCACCAUCCGCAUCACAGAUAUGAAUGACUUCGCCCCCGUCUUUGCUCAGGACUUGUAUAAAGGCUUGGUGGCACCCAAUGCAGAGAAAGGAACAGUCAUCACCACUGUUUUUGCUGAGGACCAGGACCCCACAGGUACUCCAGCAAGUUUUGUGCGCUACAGAGUGGACAUGGAAAGGUCGCCUUACAGUGGCAGUAUAUUUGAUGUAGAGCUGCAAACUGGAAGAGUCAUCACCAAGGUCAACCUGAAUGAGCAGCCCAGUGUCACCUUUAAACUGUAUGUGAUAGCCUUUGAUGAUGGGGAGCCAGUGAAGUCUAACAGCACUUUGGUGGAGAUCACCGUCCUUCAACCCUCUCGCAUCCCUAUCUUCACUGAGGAAGAGUACACGUUUGCUCCUGUUAAGGAAUUGGUUCCAGUUGGCACUCCAGUAGGAACUAUUCUAGCUGCUGCCAUCAAUCAGACCAUAUUUUACUCUAUUGUUGCAGGAAAUGAACUAGGUCAUUUUCAAGUGAACAACAGAACAGGAGUCAUCUCCACUGCCAAACUCUUGGACUAUGAGAAUAUAACAAGCUACGUCCUCAGGGUCCAGGCAGACUCCAUGUUGGUUGUCAUGUCCAACUUGCGUGUUCCUUCUAAAACUAACACAGCCAAAGUGUACAUUAAGAUUGAGGACCAGAAUGACAACCCUCCCGUCUUCUCCAGGACACUCUAUAUUGGCGGCGUCACAGAAGACACCAAGAUUUUCAGCUCUGUGCUCAAGAUAGUGGCCACUGAUAGGGACACUGGAAACUUUAGUGCCAUGGCAUACCGCCUCAUAAUCCCGCCAACAACAGAGGGCCAGGACAGCUUUGUCAUCGAGACCUACACAGGCAUCAUCAAGUCGGCCAUGAUGUUUCGAAACAUGCGCAGGUCCUAUUUCAAGUUUGUAGUUGUUGCCACAGAUAACUACGGGACAGGUUUCAGCAGCACUGCUGACGUGGUGGUUUCUGUAGUCAACGCUCUGGACAUGCAAGUUGUUGUGUCCACUGUUCCUCCCACUUUAGUGGAAGAGAAGAAGGAGGAGCUCAUUAGUAUACUGGAGCGCCAUGUCCAGGACCAGAUUCCUGGUGCCAAAGUGAUAGUCGAGUCCAUCGGACCACGUCGUUAUGGUGACGGCUAUGAGCUAGAAGACUAUUCCAAGUCAGACCUGAUGGUGUACGCCAUUGACCCGCUCACAAACAGAGCCAUUUCACGACAGGAGCUCUUCAAAUUCCUUGACGGCAACGUGCUGGACAUCAAUAAAGAGUUCCAACCAUACCUGGGCGAGGGGGGCCGAAUCCUUGAGAUCCGCUCACCAGAUGUUGUGGCCAGUGUGAAGAAGGCUGCCCAAGCCGUGGGAUACACAGAGGGAGCUCUGCUGGCACUGGCCAUCAUCAUCAUCCUCUGCUGCAUCCCUGCCAUUCUCAUCGUCAUGGUCACCUACCGACAAUUCAAAGAGCGACAGGCAGAGUGUACCAAAACUGCCAGGAUCCAGAUGGCUUUACCACCAGGAGGGAAAGCAGCUCCAGCCGCUGCUCCGAGCGCUAACCUCUACGAGGAGCUUGGCGACAGCAGCAUGAGAAGAGGUGGCAGACAGCAACAGCAACUGCUGAGGCCAUCCCUUCUGAGACCUGAGGAACUCUCCAUGGAGUCAGGUAUCGACCCAGGCCAGGAUUACUACACACAAGACUACUAUAAUUACGACCAAGGGUAUGACUUUCCUCAGUAUGGCAGUAGAAGGAGGCUGAUAUCUCCCAUGUAUGAUGAAUAUGGAGAGGUGAUCAUGGAGGAUGAUGGAUAUUACUAUAGUCCACAUGGCCCUGAGGGCCGAGGCAGAGGCCGUGGAGGAAUGAGAGGUAGAGGUUCACCGAAGAGGGUUGCUUUUAGAGACGUGCCACCAGAGGAGGAAGUUGAACAAGCUGAGCCAGCACAGGAAGGCGAGCCAUCAAAAGCUGCCAAGAAACUAAAGUCUGUCAUAAAACUCAGCAAACUCCUGGCGGCCAGCAAAGGAGGACAGCCACCAUCUGAUGCUGGUCCAUCUCCAUGGAAGAAAGCCAAUAUGCUGAAAAUGUUUGGCGCUGGUACAAAGGACAAGGAUUAUGCCAAAUUGAUGUCAGCUCGCCGUAUUGACAGUCAGGAGAGCCUUGCUGACGGACCAGCAGCUAUGGGGCCAAUAGACAGCAAGUCUGAUGCUCGCAGUCGACUUAGCAAAAUUUUAAAGAAAAUUAACAUCACCAACAAGCUGCAGAUCAGGAGGAAGUCACAGAGUAGUGCAAGUCAUGUCUCAGCCACAGAGAGCGAGAGAGAUGAGGAGGCCUCACAAGCAGCCAGUGAGGAUGAAAGGAAAUCUAAAGUGUCUAUUAGCGUGACCGAAAGUGAGCCAGAGGAACGUGCGAGUGCAAGUGGUAGGGAGAGAGACUCUGAUGAGGAAUCCUCAGAGAAAAGCAGUGUUGACAAAGAUUAUCUUAAAGUCGAUUUAGAAAGGGAUGAUACAAACGAAAGCACAGUGGACUCGGAGGAAGAGCCCGAUGAAGAACUCGGGGAUUCUGAUGAGGAGAGCAAGUCCAAAUCUGAGGAAGAGGAAACAGAACAGGGCUCUGUCAGUGAGAAAGAAUCAGAGACUGAUAGAGAAUCUGGGUCAGAGAAAGAAUCUGACUCAGAAAAGUCCUCCGCUACGGAAAAAGAAUCCGAGACUGAGAAGGAGUCAGAAACCGAAAAGGAGUCCGACUCUGAGGAAGAGUCCAGAUCUGACAAGGAAGCAGAGUCAGGAACAGGCACAGCAACAGAACAGGAAACAAGCACAGAAAAGGAUUCAGCAACUGAGAAAGACUCUGAUGAAGAAUCUGAGGAGGAAGAUGCUUCAGAAAGCACCAGAGGAAGUGAAUUCUCUGCACGCUCUUCAGUGAGAUCAUCAGCUACUGAAGCCAGCAGGAGGAGUAGUACAUCUGGUGCUGGUAGCGGGAGUGGCAGCAGAGGUAGCGGGAGUGGCAGCAGAGGUAGUGGGAGUCGCAGUGGGAGUGUUAGCAGUGCUGUAUCUUUAUCUGGCUCAAGUGUUAGAUCAUCUCAAAAAUCCAGAAUGUCUAAAAUCACCUCAGAGAAAUCCAGUGAGGAACUGAGUGAGGCUGAGUCAGGGACAGGGACAGCCAGCGAUGCUGAGGCAGAGUCAGUGUCAGGAAGUGAACGUUCUUCAUCUCGUGGGUCCAGCAAGAGAAAACUGUCUGGUUCAGAGAUAAGUCAACGAUCUUCAAAUGGCAGUCAGAUAACAGAGAGCAAAGAGAGUUCAGCAGGUUCCCGUUCCACUGGUGGGAGUCGGGGUUCCCAAAAAUCUAUCCUGAGCCGUGGCUCAGAGGGCACAAUCACAGAGGAGAGUGAAGAGGAGGAUGAGGAAGAACCUGAGACGGGUAACGAAAGCAAAGAUUCCUCUAGUGAGUACAGUGAUCAGUCAGCAUCCAGGAGGUCCAGUGUGGUGUCUGGAGACCCUGGACCCUCAGCUCCCUACAGUGGGCAUCCAUACAGCACGGACAUCAGAAGCAUCAGUGAGAAGUCUGAGGAGACGUAUGGAGGACUUUCUCCUAUUACUGAAGUGGAUGAGGAUGCCAUCUCUUCUGACAAAUCAGUCAGUCAGUCAAAGGGCUCAGAAGAAACUGACGGAACAUCAGAUGGUGAUUCCGAGUCAGAAGGGAACUCCACAUCCUUCUAGAGACACAUUGUCACCGUGAAGCUGGAAGAAAGAAGAGGAUCAAGCUUGUGGUGGAUCAGGAGAAUGAAACCACUUCUACUGGA